GCGCCCCCGGACGUUAUGUCAGAGAGUAUUUUUACAUGCUGCGGAGAAAGGAUUCGUGGUCUUUCUUUCAAAGAGAACAACAUUGACAAGAAACCUCAGAAAUAAUAAAUAAAUAAAUAAUCAGCUUGCACCAGUUCACAGGGCAUUGACGAUCAACAGCUGCUAAACAGAAUCCCGUGUGCUGCCAUGGACAGUGUUGAGAUAGAGUCUGUCCAGAUUAAAGAGGAGUUCCCUGAACUUGAACUUGUCCCCAUUAGAGUGGAGUUCUCUGGGCUGGCUUCCCUCCCCAUUAAACAGGAGCUCUGUGAGAUGCAAUGUGACAGCAGCCAGCCAGAGGUCUCUGAGGUUAAAGCUGAGCACAAUGAAUUGGAGAUCCCCCAGACAGAAGAACCCCUUCCUGUGAAACAAGAAGAGGUGCUGGAAACUGUCCUUAUUAAACGGGAGCCCCCUGAAGUAGAGUUUGAGCACAUGGAACCAAGGAAGGAAGAAUCUGAGGACUUCAAACCAAACACCCCUGAGCUGGAGCCUGUACGCCUGCGGGAGUGUAGCGUGGUGCUGGAGAGAAUCUGCGUGAGAGAGCAAGGCGCUGGAGAGGAAGGCUCUCCCAACAGCACGCAAGGAGGUGGAAAGGAAGACGGGCGCUCCCAUUCAGAAUGCAGUCUAGCAGGUUCCAGUCCAGCAGCAAAAGCGAGGGCGGUCGAUGGAGAAUAUCCUGACUGUGGGAAAGGUUUCAUCCAGUUAAGGCAUUUUAAAACACACCAGAGAACUCGCACAGGAAAGAAACUGUAUCGCUGCUCUGACUGUGGGAAGAGUUUCAGUCAGUCCUGCAACCUUGUUUUACACCAGCGAAUUCACACAGGAGAGAAACCGUAUCGCUGCUCUGACUGUGGGAAGCGUUUCAGUCAGUCAGGACACCUUGCUUCACACCAGCGAACUCACACAGGAGAGAAACUGCAUCGCUGCUCUGACUGUGGGAAGAGUUUCAGUCAGUCCUGCAACCUUGUUUUACACCAGCGAAUUCACACAGGAGAGAAACCGUAUCGCUGCUCUGACUGUGGGAAGAGUUUCAGUCAGUCAGGACACCUUGUUUCACACCAGCGAACUCACACAGGAGAGAAACCAUAUCAGUGCUCUGACUGUGGGAAGAGUUUCAGUCACUCAGUAUCCCUGAAAGCACACCAGCGAACUCACACAGGAGAGAAACCGUAUUGCUGCUCUGACUGUGGGAAGAGUUUCAGGUGGUCAGGACACCUUGUUUCACACCAGCGAAUUCACACAGGAGAGAAACCGUAUUGCUGCUCUGACUGUGGGAAGAGUUUCAAUCAGUCAAACAACCUUGUUUCACACCAGCGAACUCACACAGGAGAGAAACCGUAUCGCUGCUCCGACUGUGGGAAGAGGUUCCGUCACUCGGUAACUCUUAGACAACACCAGCAAACUCACACAGGAGAGAAACCGUAUUGCUGUGCCGACUGUGGAAAGAGUUUCCGUCACUCAGUAACCCUUAGAAAACACCAGCGAACUCGCACAGGAGAGAAACCGUAUCGCUGCACUGACUGUGGGAAGAGUUUCUGUUUUAAACAAGGCCUUCAAAAACACCAGCGGACUUUUCACUCAAUCCCGUGUGCUGCCAUGGACAGUGUGAAGAUGGAGUCUGUCCAGAUUAAAGAGGAGUUCCCUGAACUUGAACUUGUCCCCUUUACAGUGGAGUUCUUUGGGCUGGCUUCCCUCCCCAUUAAACAGGAGCUCUGUGAGAUGCAAUGUGACAGCAGCCAGCCAGAGGUCUCUGAGAUUAAAGCUGAGCACAAUGAAUUGGAGAUCCCCCAGACAGAAGAACCCCUUCCUGUGAAACAAGAAGAGGUGCUGGAAACUGACCGUAUUAAACAGGAGCCCCCUGAAGUAGAGUUUGACCACAUGGAACCAGUGAAGGAAGAAUCUGAGGACUUCAAACCAAACAUCCCUGAGCUGGAGCCUGUACGCCUGCGGGAGUGUAGCGUGGUGCUGGAGAGAAUCUGCGUGAGAGAGCAAGGCGCUGGAGAGGAAGGCUCUCCCAACAGCAUGCAAGGAGGUGGAAAGGAAGACGGGCGCUCCCAUUCAGAAUGCAGUCUAGCAGGUUCCAGUCCAGCAGCUAAAGCGAGGGCGGGCGCUGGAGAAUAUCCUGACUGUGGGAAAGGUUUCACCCAGUUAGGGCAUUUUAAAACACACCAGCGAACUGACACAGGAGAGAAACUGUAUCGCUGCUCUGACUGUGGGAAGAGGUUCAGUCAGUCAGGACACCUGAAAACACACCAGCGAAUUCAUACAGGAGAGAAACCGUAUCGCUGCUCUGACUGUGGGAAGAGUUUCAGUCAGUCAGGAGACCUGAAAACACACCAGCGAAUUCACACAGGAGAGAAACCGUAUCGCUGCUCUGACUGUGGGAAGAGUUUCAGUCGGUCAAACAGCCUUGUUUUACACCAGCGAACUCACACAGGAGAGAAACCGUAUCGCUGCUCUAACUGUGGGAAGAGUUUCAGUCAGUCAAGACACCUUGUUUCACACCAGCGAACUCACACAGGAGAGAAACCGUAUCGCUGCUCUGACUGUGAGAAGAGUUUCAGUCACUCAGUAUCCUUGAAAGCACACCAGCUAACUCACACAGGAGAGAAACCGUAUUGCUGCUCUGACUGUGGGAAGAGUUUCAGGUGGUCAGGACACCUUGUUUCACACCAGCGAAUUCACACAGGAGAGAAACCGUAUCGCUGCUCCGACUGUGGGAAGAGUUUCCGUCACUCGGUAACCCUGAAAAAACACCAGCGAACUCACACGGGAGAGAAACCGUAUCGCUGCUCUGACUGUGGGAAGAGUUUCUGUUAUAAACAAGGCCUUCAAAAACACCAGCGAAUUCACAGAGGAGAGAAACCUUAAAGACGGUGUUCAAUGGGACUCUUCACUCAUGAGGAAAAAAACCGUUAACCUUGCAUUAUGAAUCCCUGUGCAAUUACUGUUCUGUGCAUCACUCUUAAGAGCAUGCAUUUUAAAUGGUUAAACUGCUCUUCAAGUCUCUUGCACUGUGAUUGUGUCAGAAAGCGGGCGGAGACGCGGACACGAGAAAGGCUUCUCUGCUGUCAGUUUAACUCGGGCUGAGAGCAGGAAUAUGCAGAAAGGAAACUACUCCACACCUCAUGUGAUGGACGAGUCAGGAGAAAUCGAUAACUCAGUGCGGGGAAUGAGUGACUGUUUUGAAAAUAAUAACACAGACACUACCUUUUUGUAACAUUAAAAGUCUUUAUUAGUUGUAAACACACCAUCCGUCGGUCUGACAGUUUCUGUACAAAAUGGUUUUACAAGAAAGGGUAGAAAAUAACAAAGCGAAGAAGAAGAAGAAUGGCCAUCAUUAAAAACACACGGAAGAAACAGGCGAGACAAACAAUAAAUAUAACCCCCAGGACGCGCGAAAAAUGAACCCAUUUAAAAAGAAAACAACACGUCAAAUUAAAAAUAAAGGUUAUGAAAAACACACCCCGACAGGAGACGGAGCGAGUCCUACGGGAACCAGCUGCAUUGCAUGAAGGGAAGACAGAAAAGAAACUUGAUUUUCUGAACCUUGUUUUUUUAAUAAAAUACAUUUCUGUGUUUUGGGCAGACCUGGGGGGGGGGGGGGGGUGGAUCGCACUUUUAAAUCGUGCAAUUUGUAAUUAAUUACAAUUCCAGUGUAACUGUAAUUGAAGCUUGGCACAUCUGUGUAAUUUUAAUUAUAUCGUAUCAUUAAUCAAUUGCAAUUCAGUUAUGCAUGAGUUUAACAGUAAGACACACCUGAGCUUGUUAGCUAGACACACUGGGGGGGCUGAUCAAGCUGGUAGUAAAACCUGGAAUGGAUCACACUGCUGUGCAACAGGAGUCUUAUUUCCAUCCCUUUAGAUAGAUAGAUAGGUAGAUUCCCUUAUCCACACUUAGCAUUGCCUCCCUUGUCUUGUGUUAAAGAUAUUUUUCUACUGCUUGUUUUACUCUCGCUGUGUAGGUCGAUAUUUCAACGCUACUUCAGCGUUACCACAUCCUGGUACUGAAUCAAUCACUUCCUGUCCUGUAGGUCACAAAUUUUUUUUUUUUUUUUUUUGGAGAACCAAGGAUUCAAAAGAAAACGAAAAACAAACCAGCCUGCUUUUUACAAACAGAAGCAGCGCGGUUGCUGAACGCUCACAAUAUCCAGACCACAAGCCUGCAGAUAUAUAUUUUAAUUUCGCACCAUCUGAAGCGCGAGGACAGAUUUACACAGCGUGGGCUUCGCACGUCUUCAUCCCGUCUUUCCACAGCACCGGCGCACAAACCGAAUAUCCCGUUAAAAAUCAGGACGGAGCUCUCCACUGAAAAUCAGGGGCUGCUGUCGAUCGGGGCUGAUUCUACCUUUCGAAACGAGUGAAGAAACAGCUGCUUGGGUUUGUGAUGAUCGCUGCUUUUCUUCAAGACUCAAAGCGAUCCACACAAACCCAAGCAGCUGUUUCUGAAUUCACUCUGAAUGGUGAAUCAGCCGCAAUCCUCACCAGAGACCCUCGCUGGAUUGUCAGGAACUGAUUUCUGAGGAAAUCUCCCUCCCGAUAACAGAAUAUUCGGGUCGUGCAGUUUCUAACCCUGAUAAAAAAAAAAUCCGAUCACAAGGACAGAAUUCAAAGGUAACAGUGCAUCCUACCAUCAAUAACCAUACCGAAUGUAAAUAAGUUGGUUUUUUUUUUCGUAAGGGGGAGGGGGGGAGGGGGGGAGGGGGGGAGGGGGGAGGGAUAAAGCAUGAAGGGUUCGAUUCAGUUAGCUACAUUUUCAAAAAGUA